CUGAGGUUGUGUGUGCACAGACGGCAACGUGUGCACGGUGCAGGUCCGUCUGAGAUAAGCGUGCCGGAGAGCCGAGUUGGAUGUUGAUGUAAACUACAUUAAACAUCUUCCCUAUCGACAGCUGGGUGAACCAGAAUGCUGGAGUCAACCCUGUGACAUCACCACGCACCCGGGCCAAUUAAACCAAGCACCUCACUAACCUUGUGAUAUACUCAGCGUUGCUGUGGAGACCAAUACCAUGGCGACAGAGGGGGGUGACAAGGCGGAGACGAAGAAGAAGUUGACGGGCCCGGCCAGAAUACUCCGGCUCGGGAUGACCAGGAAGGGUUCCGAGAGCCGAGCCAAUAGAAGACAGGCAUCUGAAGGAGGAGUUGGCGAGGGGGGAGGAGUCUCCGGCAUGCAAGAAGAGGUCCGAGAAGAAGCAGAAGUGUGCUCCGGUGUCGACGUCCCGACCACCAGGGGGAGCUGUUCUCAGAAGGAGGAGGUGACGGAGGAGGCGGGCAGGGGUACGAGGAAGACCCAGAAGGGGGUGUGGAGGCGGGUGUUCUUCACCUGCCUCAGGAGACGACGGCGGCCGCGCCCGGAGGGCAGCACCCCCGGGUGCCCCGGGGAGCAGAUGGGCCCGUCCAGCGAGGGCGCGAAGAGGAAGAGACGCUUCCCCGGACUGACUCUUUUGCGCCGCCUCCUGCCCUCCAGCAGGGGGCGGGACGGGGGGGCGGGGCCCCGUUGUGCCGCGGAGGACGCGAGCGAAACACGCCAACAACUACACAGCAGCCCGGGCGCCUCGGGGCGGCCGGGCUGCACCCAGGAGGGGACCAACUGCGGACGGGACAACCCCCAGAGGGUCGCCCUGGAGAACAACAACGACAGAGACGUCCCGUGGUUGCCCGAAGCUGUCCUGGACGAGGCGAGGCACGUUCUGAAGCAUCGCUCGGACCUCGACGACGUCACCAUGGAGAUGAGUGUGCAGGAGCCCGAGGCCGCGACGGAAUCCCAGCUGGGAUGUUUUGAACCGGCAUCAGAGGUGGACCCCCAGCGGCCGGACCCCCAGGCCCAGGAGCAGAGACUGACGGACGGGUCACCUGACCCAGCAGAGAACCACCUCCCACCACCCUCCACAGCCCAUAAUGACCUGACCAACACCGCCGUGGCAACCGCUGACCAGCUUCUCGACGACAAGGCCAGCCCCUCAGAUGGCACUUCUGCAGAAGAAGAAGAGGCGAUGACCCCUGCACUGUUCAAUGGCCUCCAUCGUGUUGGGGAUGGUGUUGCUAGUGUUACUGAGGACCACCCUCCUGCCCGAGCUCCCUUCCCUGUGAACGCGGUCCUCGUGGUGCCGCUGAUACGCCUCAACAGCGGCGAGGAAGAUGGCGUGUGCGAUUGGGAAGGCGGUGCGUGCGUCUGGGAAGCGCCCGCGCCGGAGGACGAGUCGCCGCUGGAGGUCGGCGUGGAGGUGGAGGUGGACUGGGAGGUCAAGGGUGGAGGAGGGGGGGAUGCUGACGGGCUGGUGCUGGCCGCUCAGGCGGUGGUGCAGGCCGCCCUGUUGGCUGCCGUCCAGCAGCUGUUGAGGGAACAGCAGAACUCUGUGGACCACGCGCACCACCAUGACGCCCAUCACCAUGACGCCCAUCACCUGUCCCCCGCCCCUUACUGACCCUUAGUCCCUGACGUCUAACAUUAAGUCCCUAACGUCUAACCCUUAGUUCCUAACAUCUAACCCUUAGUCCCUAACAUCUAACCCUUAGUCCCUAACGUCUAACCCUUAGUCCCUAACAUCUAACCCUUAGUCCCUACCAUCUAACUGUUAGUCCCUAACAUCUAACCCUUAGUCCCUACCAUCUAACUGUUAGUCCCUAACAUCUAACCCUUAGUCCCUAACAUCUAACCCUUAGUCCCUACCAUCUAACUGUUAGUCCCUAACAUUUAACCAAUAGCCGUUAACAUCUAGCCCCUCACCCUAAUCACUCAUCCCCAUGCCCUUAAUCACUUUAUCUAACCCUAAGUCCAUAACCUCUAACCCUAAAUCUGAACCAUCUAACACAUAGUCCCUAACAUCUAACCCAUAGUUCCUACCAUCUAAC